AUGGCCGAUGUCCCCGAUGAAGUCCUCCUCCAACAUUUGGAACGUCUCCGGAAGGAGAGCAUGGCGCUGGCCCGUGGCAUGCUCCCUGGUCGUGGCAGCGCAGCACCUAGCCAGGUUGGCCACGGGGACGAUGAUACGACCUACGACCCCCGGGAUCGUCGAUCCUCAUACUUCUUUGGUGGUCCGCGCGAGAUGGGCAUUUCUCCUAGGUCACCCUCGCGCGCUCGUUUCAGCGUCGGCCACGACGACCGUGACUUUGACGGGGAGUAUUCGGACGAAGAGACGUUUUCCGACGAGGAAGACGAGGAGGAUUGGAACACUGCCCGGCAAGUCCUCUUCCGCUGUCGGGAGCUCGUGCAAACCGAACGCAACUAUCAAAACCGUCUUCGGGAGCUCGCCUCUACCGAGCUGUCACAUCACUACGCCUCGUUGGUAGCGAAGCACGUCCCUGCCCUUCUCAGCGUCUCGCAGACGUUGCUUAACCAUGUUAUGGACGAUCCGAGUGCUUGGGGUGUCAGCGCCGCGUUCAUCGGGUGCGAAGAGGACCUCGAGUGCGCCCUCGUUGCUUGGGCGGGUGUUGUGGGUGAAUUCUUCAUCGAGGAUGCCAACCUGCGGCCUCCCAAGAAGCUCACUAAGAAGCUUGGCGAUGACGCGCUGUCGAACCACCCCCACGACUCUCCGUCAUCCGCCAUCGGGCGCGUUUUGCGCACCCGCAGUCAGGCCGCCAUCAGCUCCACUAUUCCCGGCUCGAUGGCAGCGAGACGCUUUUCGUCGACGAUGUCCGACAUCGGGCACGGCGAGACCCUCUCAAGCGUGGGCCAUGAGAGCACUGGAAUGUUUACCGCAGCUCUUGGUACUGGCCUCGCCUUCGGCCUGGGUGGACCACCUAUGUCUUCCCCGCCGACACUCGAGCCGGACGUGGGUUCGUCGGCUAGGUCUUCCAAGGCGCGGAGCUUGCACGGACACGGCGGUCUGACACGAGUGUCUACCAUCUCGAGCAACCUCGGGCUCUCUCGCGCUGUGAACGCAUGGAAGCGGAAGAGCAUGCCGUCGUCCCUCAGCGUCCUCCCGAGUUUGUCGAUCGCCUCUUCCCCGGCCGCCUCUCACACGAGGUCUCCGGCGUCCGCGCAUGGCACCGGAUACACGCACAGUCCUCGCAGCACGAGCAGUGCGCAGGGACACGGGAUGCCCCAGAAGAAGUCCGAACAGGAGAGGAAAAUGACGGUGCGGGAUCUCGCGAUCCAGCCGGUGCAGAGGGUGAUGAGAUACGUCUUGCAAUAUCGAGACCUGUUAGAACACACUCCGACAUCGAGUCCGUCGCGCGCGCUGGUGGAGCGGGCGUACGACAGCGCGCUUAGGAUCGCCAAGAAGUGCGAUCGUGCGCAGGCUCACGCCGCGUUCCUCCAUCAGUCGCCCCCUACCAGCACGCCCACCAAAAAUGAGAAGCCUAUAUCACGACAGAAGAGCAUCACGAAGUAA